GACUGAGCUUAUCCCUAAACAUCAUAUAUACCUUGCAUUUUCUUAUGAUAAAAUUCCUAAACCCUCCAUGUAUGUAUGCAUUACGUUCCUUCCAAUAGGCGUUGUCACAUAGCCGUUGAAGCAAAUUGGCUUGCUUUCCUCAGUCUUCAUCUCUGAUUUUCAAUUUCUAUUGUUACUCUGAACAUCCCAGUAGUAGAGUAGGUCGGUUGAAUAGAUCCAAUCCAAAACAAAAUGGCUAAGCUUCAUUUCUUCUUCUUUCCGGUGAUGGCUCAAGGUCACAUGAUCCCAACUCUGGACAUGGCAAAGCUCUUCGCCUCCCAUGGCGUUAAAGCCACCAUAAUCACCACCCCUCUCAACGCCCCUUACUUCACCAGAUCAAUCCAAAGAACCCAUCACUCUAUCUCUGUCCUCACCCUCAAAUUCCCAGCAGUCGAGGCCGGUUUAGUGGAAGGUUGCGAGAGCGUCGAUCAAAUCCCUUCCCCCGACAUGCUUCCCAACUUCUUGAAGGCCACCACCAUGCUACAAGACCCGCUCGAGCGACUCCUCCAAGACUCCCGCCCUGAUUGCCUCGUCGCAGACAUGUUCUUCCCCUGGGCCACUCAUGUCGCAGCCAAGUUCAAUAUUCCGAGGCUGGUUUUCCAUGGGACUGGCUUCUUCACUUUGUGCGCUUCCGAGAAUCUGAGGCUUUACAUGCCUCAGGCGAGUGUGUCCUCCGACGAUGAACCCUUUCUGGUGCCUAAUCUUCCUCACAAAAUAAUGUUAACUAGGUCGCAGCUGCCGGAGAAUGAACGAUGCGAUACAGAGACUGGCUUGUCCACGAUGCUGAAGCAAGUUAAAGAGACGGAGCUGACAAGCUAUGGCGUUAUUGUCAAUAGUUUCUACGAGCUUGAACCGGACUAUGCUGAUUACUACAGGAAUGUUUUGGGAAGAAGGGCCUGGCAUAUUGGCCCUGUUUCGCUCUGCAAUCGGGAGGUAGAAGACAAAGCACAGAGAGGUAAAGAAUCAGCCAUUGAUGAGGUUGAGUGUUUGAAAUGGCUUAAUUCGAAGAAACCCAAUUCUGUAAUUUACGUAUGUUUUGGAAGUUUGGGCGAUUUUACUGCUUCUCAGUUGUUUGAGCUUGCGAUGGGGCUCGAAGCUUCAGGGCAACAAUUCAUCUGGGUUGUGAGGAAAGGCAAGAUCGAAGAAGACGGUGAUGAGAAGCGGUUGCCGGAGGAGUUUGAGGAGAGAAUGAAGGACAAGGGACUAAUCAUAAGAGGUUGGGCACCUCAAGUUUUGAUUCUUGAUCAUGAAUCGAUUGGGGGUUUUGUGACUCACUGCGGGUGGAAUUCGCUCCUGGAAGGUGUUUGUGCCGGCGUCCCAAUGGUGACUUGGCCACGAUUUGCGGAGCAAUUCUAUAAUGAGAAGUUGGUGACUGAGGUUUUGAGAAUUGGGGUUGGGGUUGGUGCUCGGCAAUGGCAGAUUGGAGCAGGAAGUGAUUGUAUCAAGGGAGAAACAAUAGCAAAAGCAGUGAAGCGGGUUAUGGAGGCUGGGGAAGAAGCUGAGGGAAUGAGAACCCGAGCUAGGGCAGUUAAGGAUAUGGCGAAGAAGGCUGUUGAAGAGGGUGGAUCAUCUUAUUCUGACCUCAAUGCUCUGAUACAAGAAAUGAGUUCAUAAUCGCAUUUAAAAUGGUGUACUCAAACAAAUCCAUAUUAUCUCAAAUGAAUUUUAUGAUCUGUAUUUGUUGUUCUUAUUAUAUCUUAAACAAGGUUUCUGAAUUUAGCCAAUAAACUAGUUUGUCCAAUUGUGAAUGACCUCACUAAAUACAAUAAAUAUUGACAUAUAAA